UCGCGUCUUCUUCCGGCUCUAGUAUUGUUGAACAAAAAAGUGUUCGUGUAAACAUAGGCGUCCGCGAACAGAAGAGCUCGUGUGAACGUAGGCGCCCGCGAACAGAAGAGCUCGUGUGAACGUAGGCGCCAGCGAACAGAAGAGCUCGUGUGAACAUAGGUGCCCGCGAACAGAAGAGCUCGUGUGAACAUAGGCGCCAGCGAACAGAAGAGCUCGUGUGAACGUAGGAUCCCCGCGAACACAAGAAUCUCCUGCAAGUGAUCCGAUAAAUCGACUGUUGUGUUGCUGGUCCUGUGGCCUUGAUAUCUACGGCUACCUCCUAGAGAAUGCUGACCGCCUGGUAGGAUUGAAGAUAGAUCGACUGCGGCGCUAGUUCUACAGCCCUGAUAAAUUCGUCUACCUCCUCGAGAAUGCCGACCGCCUAGUAGGAUUGAAGAUAGAUCGACUACGACGCUAGUUCUGCAGCCCUGAUAACUUAAGCUACCUCCCCGAGAAUUCUGACUGCCUGGUAGGAUUGAAGAUAGAUCGACUGUGAUGGUAGUUCUGCAGCCCUGAUAACUUAAGAUACCUCCUCGAGAAUGCUGACCGCCUGGUAGGAUUGAAGGUAGAUCGACUGCGACGCUAGUUCUGCAGCCCUGAUAACUUAAGCUACCUCCUCGAGAAUGCUGACCGCCUGGUAGGAUUGAAGGUAGAUCGACUGCGACGCUAGUUCUGCAGCCCUGAUAACUUAAGCUACCUCCUCGAGAAUGCUGAACGCCUGGUAGGAUUGAAGAUAGAUUGACUGCGACGCUAGUUCUGCAGCCCUGAUAAAUUCGGCUACCUCCUCGAGAAUGCUAACCGCCUGGCAGGAGGACCCGACCCUCAGUUCCCUUGUCGGCGUCUCGACGGAGGAGGCACCGGACGCCUCGACCGGCAGCGUGGAAGUCGUCGUGCGGCGCCUGACCCACGACGCGGCAGCGCCGGCCCAAGAGGGCCUCAGCGUCCCGACGCCCCUGACGGCCGUCAUGGUGGUGUCCGCCUUCGUGUUCCUCACCGUGUUCAGCGUGGUCGCCUACGUGAUGCGCGUGCGCUACCGUCACCAGGUGCACUCGUGGCACCACGUCGAGGACGAGGGCCUUCAGCUGCAGCCGUUCAUCAGGAGCGCCUAGGUUCUUCAUGAGCUCCUACUUCAGCUGUUCUUCACGUGUGCCUAGGACAGCGGUUCUUCAUGUGCUCCUGGGACAGCGGUUCUUCAUGUACGCCUGGGACACCAGUUCUUCAUGUGUGCCUAGGACAGCAGUUCUUCAUGAGCUCCUAACACAGCGGUUCUUCAUGUGCGCCUAGGACAGAUGUUCUUAAUGAGCUCCAGGGACAGCGGUUCUUCAUGGGCUCCUAGGACAGCGGUUCUUCAUGAGCUCCUAACACAGCGGUUCUUCGUGAGAUCCUAACACAGCGAUUCUUUAUGAGCUCCUAACACAGCGGUUCUUCAUGAGCUCCUAACACAGCGGUUCUUUAUGAGCUCCUAACACAGCGGUUUUUCAUGUGUGCCUCGGACAGUGGUUCUUCAUGUGUGCCUCGGACAGUGGUUAUUCAUGUGCACCUAGGACAGCUGUUCUUCAUGAGCUCCUAACACAGCGGUUCUUUAUGAGCUCCUAACACAGCGGUUCUUUAUGAGCUCCUAACACAGCGGUUCUUCAUGUGUUCCUAGGGCAUCGGUUCAUCAGAAGCGCCUAGGACAGCGGUUCUUCAUGAGCUCCUAGGACAGCGGUUCUUCGUGAGCUCCUAGGACAGCGGUUCUUCAUGAGCUCCUAACACAGCGGUUCUUCAUGAGCUCCAGGGACAGCGGUUCUUCAUGUACGCCUGGGACACCAGUUCUUCAUGUGUGCCUAGGACAGCUGUUCUUCAUGAGCUCCUAACACAGCGGUUCUUUAUGAGCUCCUAACACAGCGGUUCUUCAUGUGUUCCUAGGGCAUCGGUUCAUCAGAAGCGCCUAGGACAGCGGUUCUUCAUGAGCUCCUAGGACAGCGGUUCUUCGUGAGCUCCUAGGACAGCGGUUCUUCAUGAGCUCCUAACACAGCGGUUCUUCAUGAGCUCCUAGUUCAGCGGUUCUUCAUGAGCUCCUUGGACAGUGGUUCUUCACGUGUGCCUGGGACACCGGUUCCUCAUGUGUCCCUAGGACAGCGGUUCUUCAUGAGCUCCUAACACAGCGGUUCUUCAUGAGCUCCUAGUUCAGCGGUUCUUCAUGAGCUCCUUGGACAGCGGUUCUUCAUGAGCUCCUAAGACAGCAUGUCUGCGAGUCCGUCUAGGAGGACAGCAUCUCUGCAAGUGCGCCAAAAAGUGUCAUUUCUGCACAUGCUCCUAAUAAGACAGCAGUUCUGCAAGUGUGCAUAGGAGGACAACAGUCAUGUGCACAUAAGAGAUCGUAAGUUCUGGCAGUCCAUCUGGGAGGACAGCUUUUCUUCAAGUUCAAUCGGAAGGAAAGCAGUUCUCCAAGUGUGCAUAUGACGAUAUCAUUUUUUAAAUUGGAUCUGGGGCAGCAACUUUCUAAGUGUAUCUACAUAAAAGGACAUCAGUUAUCUAAGUGCACAUAGAAGAAGAGUUGUUCUGCAAAAGCAACUCUGUGGAUACCUAUUAUUUAUUCAAGUGCAUCUAGGAGGAUAUAAUUUCCUCAAGUGAACCUGGUAGGGCAGCAGUACAUAGUGAAAAGACAGUUUUCCAAUAUUUACCAAAAAAAAAAGAGUCUUUCAAAAAUACUCAGAUUAAAAAAAAAACGCAUGUGAAAGAGAAGUUUCCUUAAUCUAUUGUAUGAAAAGAAUGUUUUGUUGUAGUCAUGCUGUGUCAUUAUUUUGUAAUGAAAUAUUAACAUAGCUGAUUUACCCAACAGGUGUUGAAGACGAAAAGAAAUUUCCAAAUUGAUUAAAGUUUUUUUUCGGAAACCAAACGGAAUUCUCAGAAAAUGAAGACUAUUCUUCUCUUCCUUUGGACGGACUUCGCCACUGAUCCUGUGAUUAAUGACGUCACUUCUGUGUGGAACAAGCAUCUUGCAGCGAACGAGACAGAGCCACGCCCCCCGCGUCCAGACGGCCAAUAGGAAGAGCCGGGAGCAUGGCGCCCAGCUAGCGGCAUGCCGACUGUCCUGCUAGAGGCCGGAGCUGCGGUGACGUCAUGAGGCGGGUGGUCACCACGGUGCUGAUCAUCAUCUUGACCUUGAACGUGUGCAGUUCACCCGCGCCUCAAGGAGGGCAGCACGGGCAGCCACAGGCGGGGUCGCCCAGCACGCCAGGGGUGGGGGGAGGCGUGCGGCGGGCCCGCGCCAGGGGCUGGAGGGAGUGGCGGAGGGGGGACCCCACCCUCAUCAACAGCCUGUGGAAGAGCAAGACCCCGCUGGGCAACGCCGAGCCCUACAUCGUGCUGGCGCUGCUGAUCGGCUUCGUGACGGUCGUGAUCGGCUGCUGGCUGUCCGACAACUGCUGGUCCGCCGAGCCGGAGCACAUCCUGGCCGUGUCAUAGAACUGAUUCUAGUGCCGGCGCUGCUGCUGCGCCGGUUCCGCCGCCGACUGGCGCCACGACAGGCGCUUCGGCUGACGUCUACCAGGAUGGUAGGGGGGGAACCGCAGCACUGCUGGCACUACCACUCGGACACGCCCGUCUUCAGGGUGGCAAACUCUCCGACGACACCCCGCAAGUUUCCCUCUGGGACGCCAACCGGAUCUCCGCAUCACUCUCUACCCGGUUCUCCGUGGUCAACCGAUUCAACUCCACCUGGUGCUUCAAACGACGCCUAGCUCUCAAAGUCAACCACUUCACCUCCUCUAGAUCUCCAAACAUAGCCCUCCACAAUCGACCGAUUCAACUACACCUGGUGCUUCAACGACGCCUAGCUCUCAAAGUCAACCGCUUCACCUCCGAUAGCUCUCCCGCAUAGCCCUCCACAAUCGACCGAUUCGACUCCACCUGGGUGCUUCAACGACUCCUAGCUCUCAAAGUCAACCUCUUCAACUCCGAUAGCUCUCCCACAUAGCCUUCCACAAUCAACAGAUUCAUUUUAAACUGGUUCUUCAGACCAGAAGCUUUAACACCACUUAGCUCUCCAAGAUAACCGCUAUAACUCUUCAAGUCAAAUUAUAAAACUCAACCUAAACGAGGUUCAACUCAACCUAGAUCUUCAAAUCAACAUCUUCAAUACAACCUAGUUCUCCAAGACAUCAGAAACAACCCAACCUAUCUCUCCGAAAUUAUUGAUUCAACUGCAACUUGCUCUCCAAUACAAUUAAUUCAACUGCAACUUGCUCUCCAAUACAAUUGAUUCAACUGCAACUUGCUCUCCAAUACAAUUGAUUCAACUGCAACUUGCUCUCCAAUACAAUUGAUUCAACUGCAACUUGCUCUCCAAUACAAUUGAUUCAACUGCAACUUGCUCUCCAAUACAAUUGAUUCAACUGCAACUUGCUCUCCAAUACAAUCGAUUCAACUGCAACUUGAUCUCCAAUACAAUUGAUUCAACUGCAACUUGCUCUCCAAUACAAUUGAUUCAACCGCGCCUAGCUCUCCAAUAAAAUUGGAUUCAACUGCACCUAGAUCUCCGAAAUAACUGAAGAAACUUAACUCUUUAAGAACAUAGGUACAGUGCCAUCUUGUGAACCAAUGAAACCCCGCAUAGCCUUCAAAGUUGAUUGAUUCAUCUCCAUUGUGAUUGUCACUAAAGACCGCUGCAAUAACUUCAUUUGGCCUUCCAAGACGACUUAAUGAUUAAACCGCUACAUUGUCACGAAGAUACAUGGUCAUAGUAAUAACACGUGCUUGCAAGAUACUGUACAAAAAUCGCCAGUGCACAAUAUUAUUUAGGUGAUAAGAAUAUCGUGAUUAAUAAUUCCUAGCAGCUGUGUUCUCAUUUUUCACUCGGAUCGAAAUAUAGGUCAACCACUAACAUUGAGUGUCAUGCGAAUUAACCGUAACAGCUACGAACGAAACUGUUUACAGAAAAUUUGCUCUGUGUGAUUAUUUCGAACAGACGUAACUUGUAAUUAGUUUUUGUACGAUACUGACAUAUUCAUAUCGCUUGUAUCACAUCGUAGAGUAAACAUAAUAUUGAGUAUGGUAAAUGACGUGUGUUUAUACAAGGGAAAGUGAAUCGUCAUUUGAUAAAAAUUCGUCGCAGGACCUCUUGAAACAGUUUCAAAAUACUUAUCGAUAAAAGUGUGCUGAAAUUUUGCUCAGAAUCUUUUUGCGAACAGUCCGAAUGCGCAUGCUCUAUGUGCGAAUAAUUUGGAAAACAUUUGGUUUCUCCAAAUUUAAAGAAAAAUUGGUGAAGUUUUGAGACUAUAAAUUAUAUUAGUACUUUUUUUUUAAUAUUAUAGCCUACUAUAUCAAAUUAUGAAUUAUAAGUUGAACUGUUUUAUUUUUCUGUAUGUUUAAAAUUCAUAUUUGGGAAAGAGUUAACUUUCUAGUUUUGACAUUUGAAAAUUGCCAUUUUUUUUUUAUAUUUGAAAUGCUUGAACGUUAGAGUAUUAUGGAAGAACUGUAUAUUUACUGUGCAAGUAUAUUUCGAUUCAGAAAAUAGGUUUCAACAAUGUAUUUAUGUAUAGAUAAACUAAUUGAUUAUUC